CUGAUGAAAUUCGUUGCAUUUCUAAUCGUUUCGUUUAUUUUUAAAUAGCAUUUUGUUUAUUGUAUUGCUGAAUUUCUUGUUAUGUUAUUACAUGAUACACUUCAUUCAAAACAAGUUAUUAAAGCACAAGGUUUAAUAAAACAUUAUGAUUCAUUAUUAGCAAGUGGACAUGAACCUAAAACACAUGUUAUUGUUAAUAGUGUUCGAAUUGAGGAUGAUAAAUGGAAACGUCUUUCACGACAAAUUGUCGAUUUACUUCUUGCUCAUUUACAAUCUCAGGAUCAAUCACUUUUGGAUAUUUAUUCCACACAAUUAAUACUAUUUGAUGUUGUGUCAUCACUUGCAUUACGAUCAAUUGAUCCAUUUGUUGUUGCUUUUCGAGCAUUAGUAAUAGAAAUGUUCGUUGUUUUUAUAACUCUUCUUCGAAUUUUAACUAAUACUCGACAAUUACGUGAUCAAAUCGAUAUGACAUUAGUUUCUCUCGCAUCCGAUUAUCUUUAUGUACUUAUUGAUACAUGUACAUAUGGACAUAAUUUAUUUGAUCUUAUACAUCGUACAUCAGUUGCAAGUCAUUUAUUCGUUUGUGAAGGAAUACAUUUAGAUGAAAGUGGUCUUGUAUUAGUUUUAUUAAUUGAACAAUUUCUUCCAUUACCAUUAAAUAAACAAUUAUGA